AUGGAUCCACAAGCGUCACAGGCUUACACAUCCAUGAUGAAGUUCACCAUGGAUGGCAGACCUUAUAUCAAGGACAUUCAUGAUUUAUUUGGUGCCCUCAUGGUGCAAAUCAGCAUUGGAACGCAUCGAUAUCUAUUCCGCAACUACAACAAUACAUUUACAUCCGAGGAUGCCAUCCAAACUUUGGGCAGCUUGCGUUUCUCACAUACUGUACGUGUACCUGAUCCAAAUGAUCCAUCACGGCUAUUACGCACAACGACGACAACAACGUUUAAUAUGGCGAGGGAUAUGGCCAAAGCGCUAUGUCAACAAUUUGUAUGGGCUCGGCUUUUCGAAAAUGCUGUUGAUCCACAAGCACGUUCUUUCCGUGAUCGAGGCAUGUGGCAGCUUACACCUAAAGGUGUCUUUUUGGUGCAUGAUUUCUGUCAACGCACUGAGAUUGCUGCCGAGAUUACCAAAAAGUUGCAUGACACAGCUGGUUUUCAAUUGGUGCGUAUUGAACGCAAUGCUGACGAUGAUCAAAUGGUGCUGAGCAGGCCAACCAUGGGUAUACUUUUUCGUAUCAUGCUAUCAAGCCUUCCUAUGCAUGGUGAAAGACGUAUCACCAACAACAGCAACAUCACCCCAGCUACGAGUGGUACAGGACCCAAGCGUACCGAAUCCAUGUCAUCAACAUCCUCUUCAACUUCAUCCGGUUCUGGUUUUCAUGCCCCUUUUUCCAUGUCAUCCCAAACAUCCUCUGUUGUUAGCGAUCGGCUUUUAGAUGGCAAUUUACUUGCAUCUGCCACUUUAGCUGUACGUCGCACAAACAAACAUACGGCUGGUGGCAACAAUAAGAUGCGUCUUUUAUUCUCUUCACAAAUGUGCUGCGACUGGUUAACAGAGACAUGUACAUUGGCCAAUCGAGAUGAGGCAGAGGAGAUUGCCAAUAGUCUUCUCAAGUAUGGGUGGAUUGAAUUUCAAAAUGAAUCCAAGCAUCAACAAGCUGUCAAUGCUUACAAGUCCCAAAUGCUACGUGUCACUGCAAAUGGAAAGCAAAUUGUGCAACAAUUCGAGAUUGGUGGUAUUUGUGUGGAAAGUGAUGGCUCUGUAUUACUGGAACGCAAUGCCAUGCGUCAAGGAAGCAUUUGUUCAACGACAUCGUCAGCGGCUGCUGCUGCUGCUGCUCUCGCCAAUCAAGAUGCACAACAUGGUCGACUCAAGCAAAUUCUCGAUGAUCCACAUUUACGCUCUUUGUUCAAGGACUUUUUGAGUGCCAAUUUUUGUGAAGAGAAUCUCGAUUUUUGGAUUGAUUACACCACCCUACGUCGCAAAUGCCGCAACCAAAGCCCUGCCAUGCCUUCUCAGAACCAACGUGAUCUGCUGGAUGAUGCAUACAGUCUAUGGAAGAUGUACUUGGCACCACAUGCUACCAGCGAACUCAAUGUCGACCAUACCUUGCGCCAAGAAAUGGAUCGAUUGGUGACCACCAUGGAAAGCAAAGGAUCCAUUGGGCAUCACCUUCAUAGUAAUACGGCUCACCUUCACGCUGCUACCCCAUCACAGAGCUUACGUAUGAUGCUUAAAUGGUUUGAUCGUGUGGAAGAGCACAUUUUACGCCUCAUGGCUUCCGAUUCAGUACCCAAAUUUGUAAAAACUCCAGUAUAUCAAAAGGCUAUUUCAUCCAAGGAUCUUUACUUGACAGCUGUACCAUCCCCUUCACCGGCAGGAGUUGCCACGACAACAAACACCAGCACCAACGCUGAAGGCACCGUUGCAUAA